ACCACAGCACAUUUGCGAAACCAGGCCAAGUACUAAAGCUCACUUGUCAGGUCCCGUAAGCAGAUUAAUUCCAGACGAUUAACCACUAAUUGCCCUUGGUCCAGUCACUUCAGCCACAUACUGUCUCUUUCUACUACUCUAGAACCUAGUUCUGCUACAAUGGUUUCCGUCGCCUCGUCAGUCCGCUCGACACUCUUUGGACAGUCCGUUGCUUGCGUGGGGAAAGAGGCUUCCCACGACAGCGCCAGAUUCACAAUGUCGGUUCCUUCCCAGCCGCCUAUCAACCUAUCGCUCUCGGUCCAAGCUCCUCAAAGACUGACCGUCCCCGACGCAUUUCAAGAAAAGCCGCGAGUUUCCACUCCGGCGAAGGCUUCCGCUGCAUCGCUUCGCAACGCAGACGGCUCGAUCGCUAUCAGCGUUCACGCGACGACAAGGGCUACUUUCAGUGCGGAGAAAGCUCGGCUAUUGAGACAGAAGAUGCGGGAGAGUGAGUCGUAUCACGACACCAUGUACCACUCCGGCCUCGCCUCGCGACUUGCCUGAGUUCCGCAGAGAACUCGGCGAUUCCUUAAUGGUUUCUGAUUGACGACGGCUCCAUGAUCCUCAAACGGAACCAGGCGUCCGUCUUCAUUUUUGGCUCCUAUACAUAGUUGCGGGCCGUCAACGUGUGCAACGACUCACGUCGCCCGAAGAUGAUGACUUGCUGUAUAUAUUAACCAGAAUUCUGUUUCGGAUUGACUGGGAAUAAUUGGAUUUUUCCAUUGACUGGGCUUUAUUUUGGCGUUCCUGCAGCCUAGUGCGCAAGCUGAGUUCGACAAGUGAAUGUCUAAAGCCACCAGGUCAGAGCGGGCCUCUUCACUGCGUGUGUCUUUGGGCUAAGCCAUGUUAAUAUGAUGUGGUUUUGGGCUCACGUCCCGACUAGCUUCACGGGCAACUGUGCACCACAACCUCGGUCUUCACCAUUUCGUGCGCCAGCGUUCAGAAAUCCUUUCAGAAAUUCCUCCAGGCUGUGAUAUGGUUUGAAACUGUUGUGACGCCCGUAGGAUUCAGCUGGGCUUUUCGCAGAAAUCAGCCCCUUGAUCGCUCAAGCAAAUCAGGAUCGGUUGAGU